UAUUGAAACAGAUGAGUUUCCCGUUUUACCCUUGAAACCAGACUCAAUUUCCAAACCCCACCCUUCUUUCUCUCCGAGAACUCUAUUGUCUUCUUCUCAGUGGUUGCACCGCAACCGUUCCAUGGAGCCACCCGCAGCGAAACACGGCUCCUUGCGGAACAUUCUGGUUCGUCUCUUCUCCUUCGCCGUCCUCAUCUUCGCCGCGCGGUUCGCUAUCAUCGUCACCGUCCGCGGCGGAUCCUGCGACUCCGCCGACUUCUGCUUCUUCUCCGACAACUUCAACCUCUCCACCUCCGGCCGCUCCUCCGACGCCGAAGAUCCGUUUUCCGGCAAGAACUGGCGCCGCUCCGUCGAGCACUACGCCGCCGUUUUCCAGGACUUCAUCGCUGACGGCUCCCUCUCCCCGAACUCCCGCGCCCUCUGCAUCGACACUCCCUCCGGCGAGGACGUCCUGGCGUUGAAAGAGAUCGGCGUCGUCGAUUCCGUCGGAAUCUUCAAGAAACCGUCGCCGCCGUUGAUCGUCCACGGCGACGGCCGUCGGCAUCCGUUUUCCGCUGACUCCUUCGACUUCGAGUUCUCCGGAAGCGGCGGCCUGGAGCGGUCUCCGCGGCCGGCGGAGUUUGCCGCCGAGAUCUGCCGCACACUCCGUUCCGGUGGCUUCGCGGCGGUUCACGCGGCGGUUAGAGAUGCUUACAGCUUCGAUUCUUUCCUUGAAUUGUUCAAUUGCUGUGAAUUGAUCAGAACUCGAGAAAUCAACGAUGUUGAUUCUUCUCCUGUUCUUGAAAUUCUGAUGAAGAAGAAAAACAAAAACCCUAAUUUCGAAACCGAAACCGAAACCGUAGACAGUGGCAAUUUAGUGAAUAAGUGCUCUAUUCCGGGGUAUAAACGUGAAAUAGUUAAAAAUGCAGAGGCAUUGAUUGAGGAAGAGCCAUCGAAACCUUGGGUUAUACUGAAGAAAAAUGUGAAGAACAUUAAGUACUUAACUUCUUUAGUUGACAUAAGCUUUAAGAAUAGGUAUGUGUAUGUUGAUGUUGGAGCUAGGAACUAUGGUUCAAGCAUAGGUAGUUGGUUUAGGAAACAGUACCCAAAACAGAACAGAACCUUUGAGGUUUAUGCAAUUGAGGCUGAUAAGUCAUUUCAUGAAGAGUAUAGGGCAAAGAAAGGGGUCACAUUGUUACCCUUUGCAGCUUGGGUGAGGAAUGAGACAUUGUUCUUUGAGAUCACCAGAGACCCAAGCAAGAAAGUGAUGAUGAAAAGGAGUGGGAUGGGGAGGAUCAACCCUGUGCAAACUUCAUCUAGCCAUAUGGGUGACUUAGACAAGAUUCAGGGUUAUGAUUUUGCAGAGUGGCUCAAGAGUUCUGUUACAAGCAGGGAUUUUGUGGUCGUGAAGAUGGAUGUUGAAGGCACUGAGUUUCAUCUGAUUCCAAGGUUGAUUCAAACUGGGGCAAUCUGCUUGAUUGAUGAGCUCUUCCUUGAGUGCCAUUACAAUAGGUGGCAGAGAUGCUGCCCUGGUCAGAGAAGUGCCAAGUAUCACAAGACCUAUUCUCAGUGCCUGGAUCUGUUUACUUCAUUAAGAAAUUUUGGAGUUCUAGUACAUCAAUGGUGGUGAUAACUGAUAGCACACAACAAACCUUUCUCUAACUCUCUUUUUUCCUGCUUUACUAACAUUUUAGUACAGAACUAUAGAAUAUAGAUAUUCUUUUUAUUGUUCUCCACUGUUGGAUAUAAUAGGAUCUUACACAAUUAAAUUGAUUCUUUCUUUCUGUCCAUUGUCAUGCCUGCAAAUGAAAAAUUGAGUUAAUGAAAAUAUGUUUU